AGCAUGAUUAAUUUUCAAUGUUUUCUAUCGUUUGAGGACACCUGUAUUAUCCGGGCCCCCCUCUCCCUCCCCGGAAACUCGACGACCCGAUUCGCCACGGUGCAUGGUCCGCUGCGGACUACCAAGGGCAAUCGGUUUUACGUGGGAGACCCAUAGUCACCGGUGUCGGUCAGUACUGUUUGCGAGCUUGUAAAGCGUCUAUUGUGCAGCCUCCGAAGCGUUUUUGCAGUCGACAGUGAAUUUGAAAUAUACGUGAGUAACCGAUAGUCGUUUAAUUUUAAUAUUUUUUUUUUCUUUUAGUAUUACAUAUCGUUAUAAAUUACAUGGUCAAAAAAGUUAUUAUUGGUACCACGCUCGAAAAUAUUACACACAGGUUACUGAACUAUAUAAGUAUUUAUAACCAUCAGGCGUGCAGGGUGAUUCUUUUCUACAAAGAUUUCGAAUAUAAUCGAUUUUAGUUUGUUUCGAUCGAUUCGUAGAGUCGUUUACUACCGUGUGAAUUGAGUAAAGGGACGUCCAUCCGUGCAGUGGCGUAGCUAGGUGAGGCCACGGGGGCCAUGGGCCUUUUCCGUCGGUAGUAGUUUUAUUUUUUCUAAUUACAACCGUUUCUUGUUACUUUAUUAUGGCGUAUGCGGUUUAUUUGGAUAUGUAAUUGGACUAGAAUGUACGGUAUAUUUUCAAACGCAAUGAGAAAAAUAAACGUGUAGUUUCGGGUUCGGCUGUUUUCGUUUCGCGUCUCAUAUGAGAAAUCCUGGCUACGCCACCGGAUCCAUGCGUACAUUAUCUAUCUGCAGCGUAUAACGUAUAGCUAGGCGCCUAGUAUAAUAGCCGUUAUCGUAUCGAAUAAUAUCGAAAUUCCGAUCGUUAAAAUAAUAGGUGCACCGGUAUUGUGCCGUAGUGGGUGCUAUCGAGUUUACCAGAUGUUUAAAAUAGACAAAGUAUUCCACGAGUGUACAAUAGACCACCUCUCUACGCGUUUGAUUAAAACUCGGAAUGACCGGACGCCGAUGGAAAUCCGACACCGCCGCCGUUCAUUACGAUAUCGUACAGUGUAUCCAAUACGUAUAACCUAACUUAACAGCAAGUCGCGACCUCCGAGAUUAUUUCAACUGUAUCCGCGAACAAUAUAUUCGAUCGAGUAACAAAAUUAUUCCGUGGACUAACACGACGCCGUUAUAAUGUGGAUUUUUAUCCGUAUUGUAAUUUGUUAUAUGUGAAAAAGCCACACAUUUUUCGGACGCCUAUGACGGGUCGGUUCCAUUCAUCGUUUGGGUCCGAAUAGCUAGUAAAAAACCGUAGGAUUUGAGGUUGACGGGUUUUAAUUUUGAAAACGGAUUUUGAUUUAUUAACGAGUUUACCGUAGGUUUUUACGAUGCGUACGUAAACGCCACCAGACGUGUUAUUUAAUCCUAUUUCUACGUAUACAUGAGAAUUAAUUGGAACAGAUUUUCGUUUUUUUCACCGAGGAACCAAUUCUGUAGUUGCCCAUUUAUUAACAUUGAAAACAUAUCGUGGAAAAUAAUCGGCAUUUCAUGGUUCUGAGUGUGUAUGUUUUAUUUGCCAGCAAAAAUCGAUGUUUUUUUUUUCUAGUUAAUAAAAAUGUUCGAAUUUUUUCAUACAGUUUACAUUAAAAGAUGCGGAAUUUUUGUCCGGCGGUACUUUAUUUCAAAAUACGUAUGGACAUUUUCAGCAGGUCCUUUAGCUUUUCGUUAAUUACUGACAUUAAGGGGGAAAACCCUAACCAAUACUUCUGCGCUCAGAAUCGUUGUUAUUUCGCAUUGAUUUAUCCGGUGUACAAACUAAAUUACUCUGUAUAUCCAUUGUUCUAUCUUCCCGAACUGCAUCUACCCACAAACACGAGUAUUCAAUAGUUCUAUGGACACAACGGUAUAAAUACUGUAAAUAUUCGGAGUUAACAAAAGAGUUUAUACAAAAACAAACGAAAACAUAAGAUGAUAUUAUAUUCGUCACGGUAUGCAAUUUUCCGUUUUUGCUUUUCCAUCGGACAAAACUACAGUAUUAAUAUGUUCGCGUAAAACAAACGCAAAAUGCCUUAAAAGUCGGUUUCGGAAAUUUACUACACAAUUAAUAGACGAGACGUCAUUUCAGCUCGUUCGGUGUUUCACGUCUGUUCUCUAAAUAUUCAACUUGUGUUAACAACUAUCAUUUAUUGUGUCCCAGAGUUCAUGUUUUAUAUGAUAUUUAUACAUAUUUUAUAAAUAAAUAUUAUAGUUAAAUUGGAUUAAUAAUUGAACAAAACAGGAAGUUUUUUUUUGACGCGUUAAUUAAAAAAAAAAAAAAAAAAACAUAAAAAUAAUAAUAAAUCGUAAUUUACAGGGUAACUGAUAUAAUUUGUAUUGUAGCUAAUAAGUGCCCCCUAGGUGUGUAAUUCGUUCCGCGACAAGUAAUUGAAUAAUUGAAGGUGAAGUUAGGGUUGGAUAUAUAUAUUAGUGUACUGUGACAAUACAAUUAAAUUACAAACGUUUUACGUGAAACUAAAUCCAAAAUACAAUAUUACAGGCGCGUUAAAAAUAAUAAAAAAAUAUGAUAAAGUAAACACGAUAUAGCGAUAUCAUAAUAUGUACUCCGGUAUUUUUUGCAUAACGAUAAUCGAUUCGUUUCUGAAAUUUAUCGAAGACUAAAAUUAAAAUUACAAAAUACAGGUCAAAUAAUACGACGUGUUAACAAUAAUAUAGGAACGGACCCAGAAUGUCGAUGGUAAAAACUAAAAUACUCAAAAUUGUAAACGUUUUAGUUUCUGAGUGGACCGAAGAAUCCCAUAGUUUUACAAAGAUGUUUUUUUUUUCUAUUCGGCUCAACUUUUCUACCAGAAAUCUUGUUCAGAUUUUUAAGUGUAGCACAUUUUCCGAAUGGACAUCUGACUGGGAAUGUACAUUAAAAGGUCAUUUUUCGAUUUUCCCAAGAUUUUUUCCAACAAAUGUGAACAACCAUAAAAAAAAAAAAAAACAUGAGAAACCUGGAAUAUCGGUACAUUAAACAAUUAUUAUCAAAGAAAAUAUAUAAUAAAUAUUUAAUUAUUUUACCAUAGGAUGACAUAUACGUAUAUUAUUGACAAAGCAUCACUAUCAACUGUACUCCGUUCAGAGUCGUUUUUUCGUUAACAAUGGUUUAUCGUUGCUUACACCUGUAUACAUUAAAUUACCUGAAAUAGUGGCUGGACCCGUCUACAUUGUCCUAGGUGAACUAGCUUUUUUUUUUUUUUUCAAAUCACGGAACCCGCCGAGGAUGCGUCUAUGUCGCAUGACGUUUUUUUGUAAUCACGAAAAUUCCGAUCCCCCGGUUUGUCUCAGCUGACGAUUCGCGUUUUAUUUCGUUUUUUACGGACUCUUGUCACUCGCCAAAUAAUAGCGACACCUGAACGCGUGCACGACAGUUUCCGUCAAAUUCUCGAACAGAUAAUAAAUACGAAAACUAUACGGAACAUUUCGGACGACCAAUAUUACCACGGCGGCUGUAUAGGUUAGUUGCGGCCCGAAGAACCCUUUUCAUCUAGAAACUUUAUUGUCUAUAUAUAUUAUUUAUAAAAAAAAAAAAAAAAAAAUCCAUAAACGUAGUUACCGCAUCGAAAUUUAUAUUUAAUUUAAAAUAGAACAACGGUCGAUGGACAAUACUAUAAACGUGUUGUUCCACACUAGCCAGCCUAACAUAGUAACAUUUAUAACUUCGUUGAUGUGUUACACGAAGUUCAAUCUGAGACUGGUACGAAAUUCAGAAGCAUAUUGGAUUAACGACGAAGAAAACGUGUGAACAAGGAGCUCUUACUCGGGUAACACUAAUAGGCCGAUGUGAAGUGGUAAUUACUAUUAUGAGACUGCAAUUCGUAGGUCCGCAGCUCUCUUAUAAGCCCGGAGCGCGAUUCGUACGUGCAUCUUAUAGACUCGGGCCGCAACUCAUACGUGUUUUAGGGAUUGGGCCGCAAUUCGCCGACACCGACUACGACCAUAUCGAGAGAAACUCCGUCAUCGGAAAGCGUCACCGCGAAUACUUAUAUGUAAGUCACUUUCAAUAGACGCCGCCAAACCGUUCUGGCGAUUUUCGAGUUAUUUAGGUUUGGUUUUUGAAAAUUUGACGUAAAGUCUACCAAAAGUCAUACCCCCAGUAAGUACAUUUCUUUAUUUUUUUUUUUUUUUGUAGAAACGUUUAAAAUUAAAAUUUUGAUGAAAAUCGAAAAAAUUACAGUGUACUGUCGUCCGAUUUACGUGGAUGCGAUUUUUUUUUUCGGGCGCAUAAUAAUAUUAAUAGUCGACAAUAUUGUUUUUGUGGUCAUUCAUAUUGAUACAAUUUUAAAAUUUAACUCGGAACACGCGCGGAUUCCGCUCAUUUUUAAUCGGAUAAUUCUCGAAUUAAACCGCCGCCCGGCGGCACACGCCGUCGCCGACUUUCCGUCCGCGGGACGCAUGCAGUUUUUAUUUUUUUAAUUAAAAUUUCCGACGAUUUUUAUUAUUAGUAUUAUUCGUAUCCUAUUAUUAUCGCGACCGUUUUCCUUUAAGGUUUUUUUUUUCGCUGUACGUUUCCGAGAGCCGAAUUGUUUUUUCGAAAGGACAACGCGCGCAUUCCGGAUAACAAUAAUUAUCAUCUUUCCGGAAUUUUAUCGCCGAAGACUGCGCCGGGCUCCGCGCCCGUCGUCGGGGACUCUGGAACGCCGUCGUCGACGCCGCGCGCCCGUCGACGGACUGGGGAAACGGUUUAUUUUAAGACGUCGCCGGGGACCGUCCACCGCCGCCGUUGCCUUCGCCUCCUUCGUCGCCCUACCGACCGGCGCGCGCCUACCCGUCCGUCCGCCCUCGCCGCGCGUCCCGUAAAUUAAACCUCCGCGGUCCGGGCCGACCCGACCCGCGCGCCGCUCGCCCCGUCCAUCACCCGGCCGCCGUCCCGCCCUUUUCCGCCUCCGGGACCGCGGUACGCGCCGCGCGUGCAACUCGACCGGAACGCAUUUUUCCGGGCCCGUCCCGUCGCCCGUGUCCGCCCGGGUUCGCGGCCGCCGAAAUCGGUCGCUCUCCGGCCCCGACGGCGGCGCCUCUGUUAUUGUACGCGUAUACCUGUGCGACGACGUCCCUCUACGCCGCCGGUUUGGCACGCCGCUCGUUUCGCGUUCUCCCGUUUCCCCGGGUUUCGACGCCGGGGCGACGACGGACCCGCGGCCGUUAAAAACCGCUUUCCAACGGCUUUCGCGCGGCGUUUCUAAUUUAGCGCCGCCGCGGGACAGAAGUCCGGCCGAUCCGAAACCCCGGAUAGAAACAUAUAUUAUACUCAACGGGACCUUUUAAUUCGGAUCCACGGGAUUUAAUCCGUCAAACAUUAUCAUAUGUGUGUGUGUAUAUAUAUAUAUAAUUACGGUUAAAACGUGAAUCCGGAUCCGGACGAAUCGGAGGCGCGGAGGCAAAAAGUAAAUAACAUAUUAGUAAUACUAACGUAUUGUACAAUGUCAAUAAACUUUGUCGGUUUAUUUUUAUUUUUUUAUUUUUCUGUUCAAUAAGUAUAAAACAAAAUGAUAAAUACUUAUACUCGUAUUACUUAUGAACACGCGUGAGUUACAGUGACCGUUGGUCGUAUAACGAUUUCGUUAUCCUGUUGUCUGAAAUGAAUUGAAUCGUCGAUCCGGAUAAUCGAUUAAUCUGGCAAUCCGGAUUGCACGGAUUUUUAUCAUUUUUCCCGACCCGGAUUAAAUACCCAAGUACUACUAUCUAUACACAUAGAAUAUGACCAAAUUUAGUUUUGUGUCCGGUGUUUCAUGGAAUUUUAUUUCGUUUAGUGUGUUACCUGUAAUAUUAUGAAUUGCGAUGACGACGACGAUGACGUUGCCCUGUAGGAAUUCUCGACGGUGUAUGUACAGGGCGUAACACGAAGAACUAACACGUACAGUUUUUGUUUUGUUCGACGGUUUUAAAUUUUUUAACAGAUGGGACUGCGUGAAUUUUGCCUUGCCGUGUUUUGAAAAAUUGAUUCGGACAUUUAUUGAUGCACGGAGUAGCAAACUUGUCUACGAUGGUUGUGAAUUAGUUUCAGAUUAUUGGUGAAAAUCCGGAGUUGAUAGAAUAAAAUGUAGGGAGGUUUGGGGGGGGGGACUUCACAGAUAUUAAGUAGCGAGCACGUACACGCGAUUUCAGUGCAAUACAAUUUUCGUAGGAAAACGAAAAAUGCUUACCUUUUUUUUGUUGUUUACCCCGGAGGUGGAUGAAAAUGGACAGCGGGGAAAAACGAUUAUUCAUUUUCAAAGGAAAACGGACCCGUCCGUCUCGAGUAUACAUAAUGCCGUGUCUACGUUCGUCGUCUAUAUUAACCAGAAACGCGAUCCAGAGCGUUCUGAUGCAGGUGUGCGUGUGUACACCAAGACUUUUGGGAUUACGACCCGAAGCUAAUAUAAUAAUAAUAUAAUACGUCGUAUUACAGAUAUAACGCAAUAGUAUCAUGUCGUGUGUGUGUGUGUGUGUGUGUGUGCGUGUGCACGCACGGGUCACGCGAACCUGGAGAGAAUAUAUUGUAACAUAUAAGGGAGAAAAAGCAAACUACCGCUGUAAUACUUGUAGUCCGAGAGUCUCGUUUAUAUAUAGGCAUAGGCAUAAGUGUAUGCACUAAAAAUAGUAAACAAAGUUACAAUAUAUUUGGACAAACAAAAAAAAACAAAAAUCUAAAUGCAACGUGUUGUUGCUUAAUACGCGUGUCGUGUGAUUGGGAUUGAGGGGCAUUACUCCAAUGAGCCAGUGAUGUUUCUAUAAUUUUAGCACUCCUAAUUUGCGCCCGUGUAUACAGGGACAUGGGUACUUAUAGUUAUAAAUAAUCGCCGAAACGUGUGCAUAUAAGUAGAUUUUCGACAGUCGAACGCUCGAAAUACUUCAAUCGGAUUGCGACCUGUUCGUAUGUUGUAUUAGUGGUGUGAUAUAAAUCCGGAUUAUCUAAAAAUCCGGAUUUCGGAUUUCAAAGUCCGAGAAUACAGACUUCAGGUAUAAAAAUUUGAUUUUUUUUUUUUUUUUAAAUUCAUUAUAUAUACAUACUUUUAAUUAAGCCCCUCGAUACAAUCGUAAAAUCGAAAAUUUGAAUUAAAUGAUUUUAUAGAAGAAAAAAAUUGUGGCCAAUUUUAACGUGAUUGUAAAAAAUUAUUAUCAGACAAUUCACAUUAUAUUAUAAUGUAGUCUUUUUGUAAUAUUUACACUAAAAAAAAAAAAAAUCUACAAUUAUGAUCAGUUUUUGAAUUGAAGAGAAAACGUCUAAAACAGGUAACGCAAAAUCAAAGAUUUAAAAUCUGAAACUCAGAUUUUCAAUACACUCUCGUCUUUGGAUUCAGACAUUUUUUUUUUUUUUUUUUAUGUAUUUCUCUCCAAUCGAAACGCCCGUUUUUAUUAACGCCGGAUUCGCGCGUGCGCGCGUUUUAUUCCGUUUGAACUCCGAACGGCCGUGCCGCAGACGGUUUUCGAGACGAGUGUGGGGGACACCGGGGAAUCGUGUACACCGGUGUCCAAAGUCGACCGGGGGUGGGGGGUGGUGGAGGGGAGGGUGGAAAAAUCGUAUCGUUCGGAUAUCCGACGGCCCGAACGCAGCCGGUCGUUUCCUGCGAAACGACGUGCGUUCCCGGUGUACCCCGCGUACACCGGGGGGCUGCCGUGACCGGAUUUCGGCCGUGCAUUAUCGUUUCGCCGUUAUGCGACGCGCCGUAUUGCAUUACGUACCCGGCGGGCGUAUUGCCGCGUGGUACGGCCGUACACUUGACGUUUGCCGUGACGCGGUCAAACGUCCAACGGGGACCGGCGGCGUGACAAGCGAAUCGUACCUCCGGACCACCGCCGCGUACCCCGUAUCGCGUACGGUAAUCCCGGGAUUAUCGUGUCUCCAGUCCCGAAAACCCCGGGACACGUCCGAUUCCUAAAAUCGCGUGACGGACGCGUGAUCGUAAUACCGUCGCUAACGCCCGCGUAACGAAAUCCUAAAGUAUAGAUACUCAUUCCCCCUCCCCCCCCCCAAAAAAAAUACGCGAACCCGGUGUACGGUAAAUUAUGCCGGGCAAUCCGUAACCGUCGUCGAAAUGUACACGGCGACGGGAAAACCGUACUUCCGGAGAACGAUUUCGAGAGGCGCCUACGAUUUUCCCGGGAUCGCGGUAACGGGAGUAUGGUUUUUCUAGGGUCGCGGUAACGGGAGCGUGAUUCAACUCGGACUAUGGUAUUGCCGAGGAGCUGUGACAUUCCUCGGUGUUGGAAUCGAACACACACCGAGCAUUAAUGAGAUAACGGAAUUCGUAUUCCCGCCGGGCUGUCGACGAUUCGCGAUCGCGGUAACCACGGGUUUUUUUUUCUUAUCAUCAUUUCUCUCGUCGUGUUCGCGGUCGCCGUAUAUGUUUUGUAGACCAAAAAGUCACAAAAAAACACAAAUGCUCCCACGGUCGCAAUAGGUAAUAACUAAUUAUUAUCGCUAAGUCGGUCAGGGCUCAGUUUUUCGCGCCUGUUACGCGAAUAAUAAUAAUAACAAUUAUUGUUAUCUCUCGUUUUCUCUAUAUUAUAAAAAAUAUGUAUUAAAUGCAUAUUGAGCAACACAACAUAAUAAAAAAAAAAAAGUUGUAUUGCAUUGUAUUGUUAUGACGUAUGUUACUCCAACGCAUGCAAGUAUAACAACAAUGUGAUGCGUUCAAGCCGAAUUUUUUUACGUAAGCUGUAAUAGUAUCUAAUUAAAAAAAAAAAAAGAAAACCAUCGAAAGGUCAUGCACAAAAACAUUGUAAAUAAUAUUUUCUCGCAUAAAAAAUGUACGGAUUUUACGCUAUAGGUACUCCCGUAAACGAUUUUGUUUUACAGUAUUCGCAUGCAAUUCAUGUACGUUUCGAAACCGUGGAAUACAUAAUUAUUGUUCUAACACACUUUACGCAUUAUAAUACGAUGUUAUAAUGUACAAUAUAUAAUUUAGUAAAGUUUCUCACAUAUGCGCGAGAAGGGUUACAUCAAAUAUUAAAAUUAAAAAAAAAAAAAAAAUUAAUGAAUAAAAAAUUAGGUCAGAAUUAGGUAACUAUGUAAUACGUAUACAGAGCCGUCCAAAGUUUUUUUUUUUUUUUGGGGGGAUGGGGGAAAAUCAAUUCCGGGGCCUCCUCGAUCGUCACAAUAUGAUAACAGAAUACAAAAAAAUUGUAUGUAAUUGUUCAACCGCGUUACGUUUUCAAUAAAUUCACAGCAAUAUUUUAUCAGCACGUUUAAUGGGAAUGCAAAUCGUAUUCGUAGCUAUUAGCGUAUAGGCUACUUAGCGUUUGAAACUUUUUCCCAGAAGAUUGCAUUCGCGAAUGCAAUUAUAUUUUUGGUUUUUAGCGAAUGGCGAAUGCAAAAUCAUUUUGCGUCAACAUUUGAACGCGAACAAUACAUGUUUUUUUUUAUCCUUAAUAGUAUAACAAGAAUAAUUAAUAAUUAUACGCAUUUUUUUAAAAAAAAAAAAAUAUUAUUUCAGUAGUUAAACUAACGUUAAAAUAUUGACAUUGUUAAAAGUAUAUACACUAUCAUACAUUGUACAAUUUGUAGAUAGUUUUGUUUUGAUUUUUUUUUUUUUUUUUCUAACUUGCGCAAAUAAACGCUUUUCAAAUUUCGACGGGAAUUUCGAUGCGAAUUACGGAUGCAUCACGUAUUAUUAUUAUUCGAUUAUACGGGGUAUCAUUAGAAAUUACAAGUCCAUCCUGUCGUUUUCUAGUGACCCGGCUUUAAGGGGACAAGACGUUUCCGUAACCCGGGACCCGCAGGAAAACGAUCCCGUUUCCUCCCCUCCCUGAACGGCUCCGUAACUAUAAUACCGUUUAGUCAUUAAAUAAAAAUUAUUAUAUUAGUUUAUUAUCAUGUACAUACAGGUAACAAACAACAUACUUUUCCGUUUCGGUGGCUGUCGGUUUUCCGUGAAAUCCCUUGCGCAUGAAAUUUGCCCCUACGAUUAUCGUUUCGACAUUUUCUCGUACGGUAAUGGUUCGUUAAAUUUUUACAAAAUACGACGCGAACCCUGCAAAGGUAUACGAAACCGAGAGAGAGAGAGAACAAUAACGGCGGAAAAAGAACAGUGGUCGUACGCGGGAGCAGAUAACUGCCAGUACAAAAAUAAACGGAUUUGAACAUUUAAAAUCGCCGUGUCGUUUCGAUUUCCGUAUCCGAAAUUUCAUAACGAUCGAUAAUAUUUCUAAAAACCGUAAACGAAACAAACCGCCGAAACGCUCUGAACGGUAAUGUAUACGGGGUUUUUUUUUUUCUUUUUACGGAACAAUAUUACGUACGUUGGUCACGUUGUGACGUCUCCUAUAGACAACGCCGGACGGGCCGCCACGACCCGGUGAAUAUCAGAGGGCCCGAUAAUCGCCCCUAUAAGACAGUUAACGAAGGGGGGAGUGGUGAAAUUCGGCUGCACACGAAUCGCGUCCCAAAAUAUAAAAAAAAAAACUCCGAUACCGCUAAUUGUGAUCCAGGAUAUUCUGAGCGACACGCGAAUUGCGUUGGUUCCAUCUGCAAAUUAUGUUUCUAUAAAUUUAUUCUGUGCUUUUCAGUUGUAUUUCAGUUUUAUACAGAUUAACAAUAAUACGCAAUAAAAUUGGAUUAACAAUCGUAGCAUCGUUCGUGCGUCGCCUGUUUAGUCGUACAAUUUUUUGUAACGCGUAGCGCUCUAAAUCAAUAUUGUUAACAAAAUGAAUUCGGCGAUUUAAAGUGAAAAAAAUAAAAAUUUAAUUUUGUACACAGAUGCAUUCAAAUUUCGAUACCGUAAAACACCGAGAGGACGUUAAACUCCCAUCUACCGUCUCGGUGCAACCGUCGGUUUACACGCAAAACCGAUGUUCGCGGAGAAUGAGUAAAGCUUGAUUUCGGUAUUAAAGUAAAAGCGUUUGUUAUAAAAUAUACAGAGAACGUUAUUUCGGUGACAGUGUCUCGAAUGUUUUUCGAAUUACGAACUUUAAAACAGUCACGGUUACGUAUAAAACGCAAAAUAAAAAAAAAAAAAAAAAGGUUUUAUAUCUUUUAUAUCGAGCUGUGCAUUUCGAAUAAUACAAAAACCCUAUGUGCGAUACUCUCUCCGAAAUAUUUUCCUCUGUGUAAAUGUCAUAACAGGUACACGUUUACUCCGGAGUCAAAAUCGAGCUAGUUUCACAUAUUCCGCGUGAGCAUUGUUCUUGCAUAUUAUCCGGUAGUCGGACCGAGACGGUAGACGCGGGCGCGGCGUCCUCUCGAACGUUGGAAUUGCUGAACAAAAAAAAAAAAUAAUAAUAUGCGAGUCGUGUAUUAAACCGAAUAUAAUAAAAACGGCGUUACAGUCGUAUCGAAAAUUCCGCCGGAUCAUUUAACAGACGAAAAUUGAAUAGGGCGGUCUAAAGCGUAAAAAGACUCUACGAUAAACUCAUCCGAAACUUAUUCACGGAACGUUCCAAAAGACAUUUCGACAUCGAUGGUCGGCGCGGUUCGACCCGGACCCGUAACGAUGUUACGCACCGCGUCGGGUCAUCUCGCGAAAUUCCAAAACCGCUAAAAACCGCCGUGACAGUAGAACGGCACCGGUUGCCGUUGACACUUUGACGGCCCGUACAGCCCCAGAACAGAACAGGAAGGAAUGUCGCUUUUCUUUUUUUUUCUGUAUCUACGACGGGACGUGAUGAAAAAAGGGUUUCGGGACGCGAUUCGCGUGCGGCGCGAUAUUCACCGGCAAAACCUUACCGAACGCGGCGCGACGGGUGGUGGUGAAUUUUCGCGCGGACGCCGUUACGGUUACGCAGACCGGUGCGAUAAUUGUUUCGCUACCGUCGCGGGGUGCCGUUACGUCACGGCGUCGCAGGAAACGCGCGGCCAUUAGCCCGCGCGGCGGCGGCGGCGACGGUGAAAUAAUCGCGUACGCGAAACAAAAAUAAUAAUUAUCGGCCGUGUCCCGCGCGAGCGUUUCCGAUUUCCGGAACGGAAACAAUAACGUUGUGUUAUCGGUCGAACGCGGGAUUAUUCGACGCGUAUUCAUCCCGGGGGGGGGGGGGGGGGGCGGCGAGGCGAACGGGUUUCGGGUAAUUAUCGAUAAUGUUGCCCGCACGAUAAUUGCCGAUUCGUUCGCCAGCCGCGGUAAUGCGCAGUUUAUACAAUACAAUAAAUAAUUAUUGUAAUCGUAAAAUGCGCGGAGAACGCCGCCGCCGCCGCCGCUAAACGAUUGAUCGAACAAUUUGUCGACGGGAGUCGUCGGAUUUCGAUCGCGUUGCAUCAAUCGCCGUGCAGUACGGUAUAUUUUCGUUUUUUUUUGUUCUUUUGUCAAUUAUAAAAAAAUGUAUAGUAUAAAAACAAACAGCAUUUAAACAUUAGGAAAAAAAAAAAAUAAUAAUAACAAGUACAACAGUAAAAAGAACAAUAUAAGAGUAUAAUAAAUAACAAUCGUAAUAUAGUAAUAGUAAUAAGAUAGUUUCAAGCAUAAAAAAAAAAAAAAAAAAAAAAAAAUGGAAAAGAAAACGCCAACUGGCGUUUCGUGAUCGUGUUCGUGUUUAUGUGGCACAGCAAAUCAUUUAGAAAUAACAAAAUUAAAAAAAAAAAAAAAAAAAAAUUAAUAAAAAUAUAUCGCGUGUGUGUAUAAGAAAACAAAUAUUAUUAUUAUGUAUAUAAUAAUAAUAAUAAUUAUAAUAAUAAUAUAGUAGUAAAUCGUCGGAAGAAGUGUGUAAUAUUUGUACGUACAGAGAGAUGAAAAGAAAAGAAAUAAAAAAAUUGAUGCGUAUAGUAAGAAAACGUACCUAGUCUUCUAAUUCUGAAAAGUAUGUAAUGCAACUGGAGAAUUGCCGAGGAUUCCAUUACACAUAUAUUUUUUGGUGAUCACUUCAACUCCGUACAACAGUAGUGCGGUAUGGAAAAACUUUGGCAAACAAACAAACACAAAUACAUUAAAAAAAAAGAAGAGAAAAAAAAAAAGUAAUAGUUCGAAGAAAACAAAAUAAUUUCACGUUGUUUUAUUAUUAUUGUUUUUUUUUUUUUUUUUUUUUUUUUCGUUUCGGUUUUACUCAGUGUAAAUAAUUGACGUGCAGUGUGCACCGAGUCGCCGUCGCGACGUUUGCUACGGGUAUAACCGAUAAAUAUCGUUAUGCAGUCGUAUCGUUUUGGUUUAGUUUAAAUUUUUGUUACUUAAAAUUAAAUCGGGCGUCAUGAUAUUUACAUAUUGAUGAUCUGAAAAAAACGCGACACGGUUUUCAAAGCUGGCUACUGCAGACCAGUAGUCAGAAAGCCAAGGCGAACCGUUACUUUUUUUUACGACCCUAAAAGUUUAGACUGUAAACGAACGGGUGGACAUUGUAUAGUAACUGUAGACGUACGAUUUUCGACAUGGUCAGAGACACGUGGUGUCGCGAUAUCGUGACAGAAGGAAUAAACACGUCCAAUAUCGAGGGACAAAAUCAGUUAACCGGUCUCUUUAUGAUUUCCUUAAACAUUCUCUGUGUCAAUUAUUUAACGAUAUUGCUGUCUUAGCGGUACUAUAUGCAAGGUACGGCGGACUGUUGUACGGUAUCCGUUUUGGACGGUUGAUAAAUUAAAACGCCCAACUUACUGAUAUUGUUUUACUGACAUUGUUGUUUUUAUUUUUUAUUUUUUUUUUUUUUUUUUAUAAUAACUAUAACUUGACAUUAAUGAGUUAGACGGACUUUUCCGUCUAACUUAUCGACUAGUAUCGAAAUUAUCGUCGAAACGAUACUGCAGAUUAUCUCAAGAUAAUCUACCGGCAGGUGAGGCGGCGCCGGAGCAUCUGAAGACCGUCAAUACUGCAAGAUUCUGGCAGUGUCGGUCUUAUUUUGGUAUCGUUCGUGUGUACUUACGUCAAGUAUCUUCUUUCGCCUGGUCUCGUACUAAUAAUAUAACAUUUUGACAGCGUUAUAACUAUUGUUAUAAUUAUUAUACAAUCGAGUGUAUCGAAAUACGCGGUUUGUUGAUUUUUUUUUUGAAUUUUUAGCAUUGAUGAAAUCGAUUAAUCGUGCAAGCAGGUUUCAAAUCAAAAAAAAAUGCGUAUCGCACACGUGUUGUAUGUACGCAUACAUGCUUACAGCUUUACACAAUAACACACACACACACACAAACACAUGCAUAGGAGUUUAUAUAAACUAUAUUUUUCCCCCAGGGUCCGCGGAAAAAAUAAUUAAAAAACCGUUUUUUCCUCAGAUUUUUUUCCCGAAAAUUAAUUUUUCAGGUACUUCGACUGCAAUUUUCUGACUUUUCGGGAAACUCAUUUUCCCUGAACUGUUGAUUCUUACACGCAAUAAUAUGUAAUAUCUAGAGUCAUUCACUUAUUAUGAACCAGUGAUUUUCUCGGAGAAUUCGAAGUAAAUUUGAUUUCUGUUUUAAUUUUUUCAACUCUUUUAAAAAAUCCAUAUAUCUUAAACGCGUAUAUACUUUGGAUUUCCUACACCCACUGCCUUUUUAAAACACAGAUUAAAAUAGAUAAUAUAUAUUUUUAAAUGUUUACAAGCGCAACAUUAGCUUGAUCCUUGCGUACUUCUCUGGCGUAAUUUUUAAACGGUAAACUUUUAGUGAUAUGCAUAUCAACAUUUCUAGAAAAUAUUUUCUCUAAUUUGAAUCUAUGAUUGAAAAGGGAAUUUCUAAUUGAAAAUCCAAAGUAGAUCCUCGUGUCAGGUAUAAGGAGUGGGACGGGAAAAUUCAAAAUAGUGUUAAUAUAAAGAUUAAAUUAUUCCAUAAUAAUUAAAAAAAAAAAAAAAAAACAAAAAACAUCAAAUUCACUUAACCCCUCCGAUAAAAUUAUUGGUUCAUGGUAAGUGAAUUACCCUGUAUUAUUGUUAAAUGUAUACACUUAAGUAUAAAAAAAAAUACGGAGUAAUAAGCGCCUCUUAAUGGAUGGUUGGUGUGUAAUACGUAGUCGUAUAACAAAAUGGGAAAGAAUAUUAUUAUUAUUGUUACGAGAAGGUGCUUAUAUAUACGAUUUUCGUGAUAUCACUCGUGUCUUUCUGCAACACUAUGCGCGCGAUUCAAUUUGGCGAAAAAGCUUUUAGACAAAUUACUGUACAGCUACGUAUAUUAUAGAGCCUUUACCCGGUCUCCCAUAAAAUCUCUUAAGACUCGGCUGAAAAUCACCGUAGCCAUUAGUCACAGAUUUAAGUAUACACACGUAUAUGUGUUGUGUAUUUGUGUAUCUGGGGGCUUUAUCUGUUAUCCGCGGUCGUUUGAGGUUGAUAAGAAACAUAAUCCGGUGCACGAGACGUCGACAUCGGAGAGAAACCACAAACCGCAAGAUUAAAAAAAAAAACACUAUUUUGAUAUCUGCCAUGUAAUACUAAGAUGUUUUCGAUUUGUGGAUAAACUGAUUGAUAAUUAAUCGCGCUAUUAAAAAUGGUUGUGUUGAUUCGUAUUGACAUGUUGAACUCGUACUGACUAUGCUUUUUGAUUCUGAGCAAAGCGCGAACGUAUUCGGCUUUUUUUCGAAUUUUUCCAGAAAAUAGAGAUUAUUGCACUGAAUUGUGUCUGUUGUAUUAGUACAAAUAUAUGUAUAUAUACAUUUUUUUUUCCGGUACAUUUAAAUACUUUUAGCGGCUUCACGUGAACCAAAUGAGAUUAAACUCGGUAAUUAGAGUUUUUUUUAUAGGCAGAUUUCAAUGAUAAAGUCUUGGUUGAAUUGCAGUAUAAUCUUCGCCAUGGUUUUGUGGAAGCUUUUAAACUUUAUACACCCUUACAGGGCUCCUAAAUCAAUCAAGGGAAAUGAAAUUGUAUAUAUCCACGGUGUAAGUACAUCAAGAAUGUGCCUCGUGGUGGUUUUGACUUUUAAAACUCGCCCGACCGUUUUUAUGCUUUGAUUUCAUCGUUUUACGGGGUUUUAAUUAUCCCUGUAGAAUCACGAAAUUAAGUAACUUAAGUAAAAUUAGUAUAGUAUAUAAGUAUAAUCUUUGUCGAAGAUGUACUUUUAGAAGGUUUGAAUCCCACUGACGGUUUGUAUGUUGGAAAAACUCUCGAGAACUACUUUACCUUAUUUGAUUAAACAUUUUUUUGUUCAAUUCCGUAUCUGUAUAAAUAAAGAAAAAAACCUGAAACAUUUGAAAUAUUGUAACGGCAUCAAGUUGACUGGGAGAUAAUUUGAGUCAAGUUCUAUUUCUGUUUUUGUUUUUUUUUUUUAAUUUAUAAGAAGAUAGACGCUGACAGGAGUGGAUUCUAAAGAGUUGGCAUAGUUAUUACCGUAGUGAAAAUGAUUAAACCGGGAGUUUGUCACCUUUUCGGAAAUAAGACGUAUAAUCAAUAGUAAACUCAAAGAGAUUAUUCCGCCAAUAUAAAAUUAUAUAUUUAUGUUAAACUCUAAGGUAUAAUACACAAUUAGCCUAAUGUAACAUAAUUAAAAUUGAAACGCGUUAUUUUUUCUAGUUGAUGUAACGAACAAAUUAAUUGUGAAGUUAAUAAAACAAAAGAAAUCAAAGGUUAAAAGAGUUUAUAUUAACUUUUUAACUUUCUAACUCCCAGCUCUGGGUAAAUUAUUAAUAUCGCCUCAUUACUUACGAGGCUUGUCAGCAGUCCAUUCAAAAAUCUUUUGUCAAAUUUCGAAUGGUUUUUGUUUUUGUUUUUUUUAUUAAUUUACCGUUCGUCGAAAUUCCAACAAAUUCACAUGGUUUGUUCAAAAUUUGAUCCCGUAAUACUGAAAAAAUGUCGUCGUCGUUUCGCCAUAAAAUCGUUUGUCACUGAAUAAUAUUACUAUCAUGAACUAUACGACUAUAAUUAUUAUAAAUACGUUCGUGACCAGCGUAAAUAAACUUUUCGUUAAGAAAAAAAAAUCAUCUUCUUUAUUUAAAAAAAAAAAAAAUGUCCCGUAAAAAUUAUGAAAGCUCCCGUGUGCCACUCUCGUACUAAAGAAAUUAAAACCACGCCAUUGUAAUUUGUUUUUGUAAACCCUCUGGUUUUCCGGUUUUUUUCCCUCUGUUUUUACGACCGAAACCCCUGAACGUACAUAAAUAAAUUCCUUCGUCUCGCCGCCCACAAUAACUCAUCGUCAUAUUAUAUACAUAGUUUUUUUCCCCUCGGAAAUUCGUAACAAUGUUACGGCAAAAUUCGCACGCCUUUGAAUAUACUAGAUUAGUGUAUGCUAAAUAAAUUAAUAUAUUGUCAUGUAUUCGAAUACACAUGCGUAUUAUUUUUAAUAUUUAACAUUUCAAUCGUGUCGAUAAAAGUGAUGUGGGUAAUGAGGAAAUUUAGUGGUUAUAUUCCCCCUUCUCAAAUCGGACCAAAAAUGCUGUAACGAAAAAACAACAGUAACUAUUUAUUUAAGAAUACCUUGAAAUGUAUAGAUUUUAGCCGAAAAGUUUGAUUUAUCAUUUAAAAAACUGACCCCAUGGAUCCGGAUUUCAAAUUGCUACAAUCGGGUUUGGUAAAGAAAAUGAUACUAAUGAUACCCGUUGAAAAUUCCUGGGCACGCCACUGAUAAAGUCAUGUCUCGAGGUUAGAUUUUUUCAAUAUAAUUAUAUUUGAAAACACUUUAUCGAUAUAAAAUUAGUUUCAACGGUAUUCUAUACCAUAGAAAUCGAGGAAAAGAUUUUCAAAAUUAAAAAUGUCCUAGGUACGAAAGUCUCUAAACUCAAAAAUGUUACGAUUGUAGAAAUAUGUGAUCUAACAAUUUUUCGCAAUUUUCCCCCUGGAAAAAAUCGUAAAUACGCUACUGCGGAUAUGUUUAUACUUGGGCAAUUUUUAGAGAUUCGAAUUGAACGGAAGCGACUUUUCGCCAAAGAUUACAAUCACUCAUAUGUGCAUAAUUCUAAGCAAUUUUUAUUUUCAAUUAUUUUUAAACCGUUACGUUUAUUUAUAACAAUAAUUCUCGAUGAUUCGAAAUAGCAACUGUCCGCUCUAUAGUAUUCGAUUUACGUUUAGCCAUAUUUGACUACUAGACAAUAACUAUCAAAGUUUUUCGUAUGACACACUCCGACUUUGAGUGAUCGAGUUUCGAAAUCAUUAUUACGGGCGGUGAAAUACAUUUUUUCCCGAUUAUCGCCGUUAGCAAAUAUUAUAUUCUUGCAGACUACCAACCGAUAGCGAUGAUUACCCGACGCUGACGUGACGGUUAUAAAAAAAAAAAAAAAAGUUAUUAGUUUCAUUAUGAUGUAUGUGCGUGCGUGUGUGUAUUUUUUCUCGAAAAACAAUUUUUUAACGAGUAAAAUGCUCCGAUUUUUUCACAUAAUAACUAAGGAUUACUAAAAAAAGAUAUUUUGCUCACCGGUACCUUGUUUAGAAAAACAUGUACAGAUUCUUAACAGUUUUUCUAUACAGUUAAAAAACCCGACAGCAAAGUAUGGCCGUGCCUUGUGGUUUUAUUGUUGUCGAUUUUUAGAUUUUCAGGAGAAAAAACACGACAAAUAUUACUCCGUCCCAAAUCGUUUUUUGAUUGCAAUGCAUUAACGUAACGUUCAGUAUCUAUAAAAAUUAAAUUACUCUAUUAUAUAUUCUAAAUAUUUCAAAAUUCCCGUCGUCUACUACGGGUGAUGACCUACUUCCAUGUGUGAAGUGCGUCCAAUUUUUUUGUUUUUGUUUAUUUGUACCACAUUAACCAUGUUAUUUAUUUCUAAACUACGCCCGCGAAUAUGAAUACAAGAAGGAAAACUACGUCAUAUUGUUCUGCAUGAUGCGAAAUUCACAGAAUCGCAGUGUCCGGUGUAAAACGUGUGUUUUUUUUUUUUUUUUUUUUUUAAAUAACGUGCGAAUUUAAUUGUCUGUUCUUUUGAAUAUUUCAGUUCACGGACGAUAUAAUAAAUUAUAAUAUUUGGACCGGCCCGAAAUAUGGGCGGGCCGUGAGUAUUUUACGGCCAAAAUUCUGUAGAUUCGGUACCGUUGUCACCGCGAUAUAACCGGGAUGCUUGUUUACAGAUUCUAUCCGAGUUCGGCCCAAGUGAUAUGUAAAUGUACACCCUGACAUGGUUUUUAACCGCCUAGGACCUAGGUUUUAGGUUUACAUUUAGAACACUAACUUCCUUCAAACCUAAUCGGGUUUUCACUGAUAGGUAGAUUAAGUUUUUCUAUAACCCCUCUGUUUUAUUCACGGUUAUGGAUAAUAUAGUAACGUAACGGCAUAUAUUAUUUAACAUUGAGCACAAAUUUUGAGCAAAGUGACAAAUAUGCGCAGAUCAUCACGUAAUCAUAUUACCCACAGUCUAUAUUAUCUAGUAGUGGCUUUAUCUAAACUCGUGGCGGCUUUUCGCCAACUGAGUAUUGGUUUUAGAUUCAUAAUAAAUUAGGACACUAACUUCCUUGGAGAAGAAUCACGUUUGAAUCAUCAAAUAAGUUAUUUUCUGUGAAAAUCAAAAAAAUAUCCUAAAGCGCCAAAAACCAACUCAGUUGCGUUACAGCUAAAGCCGGACUCGUGUAGGAUCUGGAAAUAUAAUAUAACCCGGAUCGAUCUCAAUAUAAUAUAAGGAAAUCGCGAUAUUUCAUUUGUCCUCUUUAUCGAUUUUUCUAUAGAGCGAUCAAUUUAUCACGAACCAACCAUGUUUUCGGAGGACAAUAGGUUAAUUUGAUUUCUGUUUUUUUUUUUUUUAUCAUUAUUAGAUUAAGUUUAUUAAUCUUAUUUUACCGAUUAUUUUACUCUUUUAAACCUGAGAUGAGUACUCGUCCGGUCUAAACUUAAAACUGUAAAACUCAUAAAUGGUAAAUCUAAUCUGCUAUUUAUUUUAACAUUUCUGGAAAAAUAUUUUCCUUAAUUUUGAAAUGGAGAUUGCUAACUAAAAAUCUAAAUUGGAUCUUAAAGAAAAAUCUCAUUUCAGGUAUAAAAAGUCGGGGAACGAACUGAAAAAUAAUGUUAAUAUAAAGAUUAAAUGAUUCCUUAAUGAUAAAAUAAAAUAUACUCCGAGAAAAUUGCAGAUUCACGAUAAAUUGAUCAUUCUGUAUAGUUCCGACGUUUCUCCUUACUCGUCUUUAUAUCUCAGGAAAUACUUUUUAAGGUAGCAAAAAUGCGCUGCGAUUUUACAAUAUCGUAGAUUAUUAAAAAACGUGGAUUUUUUUUCCCGGUGGUAAUUAUAGUUUGAUCAUUUUUUUUAUAGUUUUCUUAAAAAUUAAAAUGAAAUUAACGUAUGACGAUGAUGAAUACAUAGUUUUUAUAACCGAUUUCCGCGAGUUAUCUUACCAAUGAAUUUACCGAGAUCGGCUCAGAAUCGUUUUUUUUUGUCACGUUGACUUAUCUUCGCUUUCGGUAAAUAGUAAACUAUAGUUAACUGCCAUAUUAUCCUAGACACAUAGAAAGUGUAGAACUGCGGUCGUCUGUAAAAUCGGGGUUUUUUUUUUUUUUUUAUCGCUCGUACAUUUCAAUCUACAACAGUGUAAACUCGUCCCCGUUAUCGUUCCUCGGCCGGCGGCGAUCGACCGUCCGGAACGAUCCUGGGCCGGACUUUUGACGACUUUCGAAGACAUUUAAAUCCGAUUGACGGUUUACGAAUCCCGGAGUCGCACACGUAAUAUUAAUAUUAUCGCGCAGUGGGUACCACCGGUUAUUCGAAUGGCAGCUCUCGCGAAUGACAACGACGGUGACAGCUGACGAGGUUCGAUACGACAGUCUACGUUUUCCGGCACGCGCGUUUAUUACAAUAUUACAGUCGUAAAUUUGUCACGCGCGUUAUUCGAGACGUUUUGAGCGAUCGGUACGAGAUAUACGUUUUCCGGCACGCGCGUUUAUUACAAUAUUACAGUCGUAAAUUUGUCACGCGCGUUAUUCGAGACGUUUUGAGCGAUCGGUACGAGAUAAAUAAUAAUAAUGAUAAUAAAAAAAAAAAAAAAAAAAAACNACGUCGCACGUCAAACAGAACGCGGUCCCUGCAGACGGAGACGCUUUAUAUUAUACACGUGCACAAUUCAUGACGUAUUUCGACUAAAAGUCGCACGCGAAUAUCAUAAUAAUUGUUAAAAUUGUCGGAAUCAUGCCGGAUAUGCCGCGAAAUCGAAAUGUCGAUGAUAUUAUGUAUACGAAAUGAUUAUUACUAUGGAUUCAAAUGCAUUAGAAAUCAUCGAAAAAUUCUCUAAAAAAUAUAUUUGAAAAAUCAAUUUUACCGGGAAAAUGCCCUUAAAAAAUGAUAUAUCAAUUGCCUUAAAUUAUUUUGUUACUGUAUAAUUUAUAAUAUUUUAAUUUUAUAAAAAAAAAAGAGCUUAUACUGGGGAUGGGAGCAGCCACUGUUGUAGGGGAGAAGUUCGGGAGGUAAGAUAUAUAAGGUUAUUUCAUUUACAUCUGUAAGUAAUGAUAAACUAAAGAUUUAACGAAAAACAAUUCCAAGCGCAGUUUGGUAACACAUAAUUUGAAGUGACCUAAUUUUUUUUGCGAUUAUCGUUUAAAUUUGAUAACAAAACGCUUAUUAAAAAAAAAAAAAAGUUUUCUGAUGAUUUUGAACAUUUUACCAUAUUGGUAAGUCCAAUAUAAGUAUUAAUACAAAGUUUCUAGUCCCUAAGUGGGUUUAUAACCGAGUUAUAGGAAGAAAACUCCCAAAAAUUAAAAUUCCUUAAGAGCUCAAAAGUCGCCCGAAAUUAUUAGCGAAGAAACCGUAAGAAUGUAAAUCAUAAAGGCGAAUAAAAAGGUGUUUUGUGAUUUUUCGAUUAAAUCAUUUUUUUUUUGGGUAGAAAACGUCGUCCGUGUUUUUAUGAGCUACGGCCGGAAUCUAAAAAAAAAAAAAGAAAAGAAAAUCAAAGAAUUUGAAUUGUGACUAUUACCGACGAUAUUAUUGACUGAGGUGAUAUAUCUGACUGAUUGACUGUAGAACCCGAAAACUAUGAGUAAUAUUUCGAAUCACCUAAAUUUAAAUUAUUAAGUCGGAUCUUAGACCAAAAUAUAUACCAAGUAUGUUUAAUCGAUGGUCGUAUCACGUACAAAUACAAUAUUAUACUAUACCCGUAGAUUGUACGAAUACGAAUAUGCAAAAACAAAGUAAAAUAAAAAUUUCAUCUUCGGAGUCUGUUACGUGAAUCGAAUUGUGUACUUGGUUAGCGUUGUCUAAUAUCGCUCAAAAAAAUAUGCAUUUCGCAUUGAAAUUUGGGUCCUAAUUAUCACACAACCACUGCAGUCGUCAGUUAGGUUUUUUUUUUUUUUAUAGGAAUUCUGUUAAAAAUAUUCGUAGAAACCUGACAUUUUCAGAAAAUACUUAUGCGAUAUUAGACAUUUUUUAAACGUGGUAGAAUUUUUUAAAACGUUCUAUCAAUUUAUGAGAUAUUCAUAAGAGUUUUAAAUUUUUGAGUUUUAUUUAGAUUUAUGUAGAAGAAAUUGUUUUCGCCAAACAGAAAUGCUUUGAAUAUUUACCACGACUCACAAUAUAUUUAAACAUAUUAUUGUUGUUAUUGUUUCGUAAUUGUUUCAAGUUAAAAUUUUGUUAAGAACCGUAAAAACUACGGCAUUUCAAAACUCUACAAUUGAACUUCACUACGAAUCGUAUUUUCAUAGCAAUGGUUUGCUUUCCCGACUUUUCACCUGUCAAAGUGGCGCACACAUUAGCGAUAUCUACACUUUUCUGUCCGUUAACAAUUUACCUACCAGAAAUCUUGCUCUAACCUAACCUGACCUAUGAUUUUUCUGAAAUAAUCGAGAAAACCGGUAUUUAUUUCUAUUGAUUUUCGGUAUACCUCGGCAACAACGAAAACAAUGCCGUUAAUAAUACUCGGCUCAGAAUCGUUUUUCGUUAGCGACGGCUUUUCCCCGCGUGCAGAUACGGAUCACGAAUAUAAAUCGUCUCGUCCAUUUUUCCUCCCGAAACAGUGGCACGCCCAUCGUCGUCCGUUAUUUUCGUAACGAUUUGUAAAUUGGUUCAACGAUUGGUUUCUCCAUUCCUGUACGCCCGUCCAUACCAGCAAUACCCUCGGAUUCUGUAUAGGACCGUCUCGCCGUAUCCAACGCGUCUAUUUCUCACUCGUUCCCCAGCGAGUCGUCCCCCGGCGCACUGUAACGUGCAUAUUUUUCGGUUUUAUUAUUUAAAAAACAAACCAUAGACGGAGGAGAUAGAGCUCUGCUGCGGCUCACCGGGUUUUUUUUUUAAAAUUUUUUUUAUUCCGUAUCGUCGUCUCAUUCCGUCUCGCUAACGACGACGGCGACGAAACUCUAGAGCGUAUAAUAUUAUUUUAGGUUACAUUUAGACGCGGUUAAAGGACAAUAUUAUUAUAACGAGGGCCCGCCGAGUUGCCGUAACGUAAUUGGAAGUUAUUCGCCCCGCCGCGAUUACAAAACCGCGCCGCACAAAAGAUAUUGUUACAAUAUAAUAUUGUACGCAAGAGCGGCGACGAGACAAGAGACGCCCCGUGUAUUAAGUGUAUUAUCGCCGUUAAAAUAUUACGACGGGCCACACAAAAGACGUGUCAUCCGCGGUAUCCACGGUUACGCGCCAACGUCGUUUUUGUGUUCGGCCCCGGACCGACACGGCGUUUUGUACCUACGCCGCCGCGGGCCUUUACGGGCGCUACGGUCUCCCCCGCACCGCCGUAAUAAUAUACGUACAGUGUUAGACGCGCGCGCGCGUGUUCCUGUCCGUUUUGUUCGGCCGACAAACAAUAUUGUCGUUCCCGGGGAUUAAGGGGUUAAACCUUUCGGCGGACGACCAGCCGGCCGGUCCCUCCGAGGACGCGCGGUGACGAGACGGCGCGCUGACGGGCCGCCGCGGGUUUAAGUCGCGGACUCGUUUUUGGCGUCGAGGGAUUUACCGCGACGUUUCCGCGGCACGGCGAUUAUGUUUUCUUGUAUUUUUUCACGCCCCGUGCGCCGUGCGCCCGGCCCCGAACGACGUCGCCCGUCAUGCCGACGUAAUAACCUAACGCCGGUCGUCGGUCGAAGCGCCGUAACGGUAUACGGUCGUCAGGGGGCCGGGGACAAAGGUCAAACGACUUUUACCGCGCCGCCGUCGCUCCGCGGCCGCGAUGGAUAAACGGGUUUGAGUACAUUAUCACAUUGUACGGUGUCUGUCGGUCGGUGAUUUGUCGCGUACAUUUUUCCCCUUUUUUUUCCCCACACCCCGAAUUGCCUUCCCAGAUCGAGGCGGGUAGUGGGGGCGCGUUAGCAUUGCUUACACACAGGUAACCCAACCUAACCGAACGGGUAUUCAUAGCGUCGCAGGAACAACUUAGUAUGACGACGAAUCUUGUACACUUACAAUCGUCAAGCGUUUUCCAGGCGCCAAAAAAAUAUUUUAUCCACACGAAACGAAAUAAAAACGAAAACGAAUUUCAAAUAUUAAUUUUGUUUUUUUUGUUUUUAUUGCCUUAUUCGAAAGAUAAUACAACGUGACGAUUAUAAUUCAAUAUUUUAUAUUAAGACGCCAGCGUCUAAGAUGAAGUUAACAAUUAAAGUGAUUAUCGAGGUGGAACGGGAGUUUAGAAGAAGUUUAAGUUAAGUUAAGUUUAGUUGAGUUGUCAGGAGAUAAAUAUCUGUAGAGGAUAAGAGCAGAAAAAAGGGUUUUAAAAUUUAAAAAGUGUCAGAUAGGGGCAGUAGAAAAGAAUAUCACAAAUAUCGCAGAUAACUUCAUUAAUAUGAAAGGCGCAAAAAUGUAGAGAAAAUCUGAAUGAGUGGCAACACUGUAUUCGAGACAAAGACGUGUAAAAUAAACUGUAUAAUAGAUCUACGAGGUUCAGUCCUCUAAACCGUGGAUGGGGGAGGGGAUGGGAGGAGAUAAUCCAAGCAGAAAAACUAGCAGAUAGAGAACGUCAUACAGGGAUAACUAGACCUUAUUUAGAGUAGAGCGGUAGAGAAUAAGAAUGUUCGGGGCAAGGAUUUUAAACAAAAACGUGGCCGCACAAAGGAUUUGGCGGAUGCAGCGCGAAUAUCGGUAGUCUCGUUACUCGUCAUUCCAACGCGGUUAGGGACCCGGAGAAAUUUGAAUUCGAUCACGUCUAAUACAAGGGCUAAUAUCGUAAGUAUUCAACGAUAGUUUCGGGUCUCCGCGGGUGUUUUUCGCCGAAUUAAAACGAAAUAACGAAAUCGAAAGUAACGGGGAUCGUUAUCGCGUGACUCGCCGGGAGUCUACCACGAGUCAAAAAAAAAAAAAAAAAAUAAACGUCGCAUCAACUAGAUUCGAAAUGUUAAAGGAAAGUUUCUUUAAAAAUGUUUUAAUUGGCGUGAGAUAUCUAGUGGAAAAGUAACCGCAUUAACCGGACAUUCAAAAAGGAAAACAAAAUCACCGUAAAACCGUUGCGUUCCUCGCCGCACUCAGAUUUUAAAACGAGACCGAUUAGAGGCGCUUUAAUUUCACCGUCUCCUCUCAUAAAUGUACAUAAUAAAGGCUAACGUCUUCCCGUAAACAUCUAUUAUACAUUGUAACGUUCUGUAAUACGACCGCGAGAAACACAUUACGUUAUACAGGCUGUACAGCGUACGCGGCGCGACGUAAACGGGAAAUCAGUUCUUGCCGUUAACAUCGCCCCUUAAGCGCGGCCGUGAUACGUGUUUUGCACCGAAACCCAGUGCGGAACGCCGUGACAUAUCGCGCUCUAAUGCCGACCGAGAAACGAUUCUGAGCAGGGUUUAAUAUGCGUGGCGAUGUCGAUAUAAACUGUCGAUUGCGGUCGUGAUUUUUCUUCUUUUCAAUUGGUUUUUUUAUAGUUUCGUUUAAUAGAAGAACCGUUGGCAAUCCGUAGAAAAACCGUUCGGAAUUGACAUAUUUCGUUGCGGGCGAUUGGUACUGGUUUCGAAGACGUUAAUUUAUUUUUUUCUUUGAGGGAGGGAGGGGCAAAACUAUUUACGACAAUUCGAAUCGGUGUAUAUUUCACCGAAAUACAAGUAAAACAAAUACCGCGUUAUACUACGGGGUUUUGAUGGGGGGGGGGCAAAUAACUUUAUUACCCCUCCAGAUCCUGUUUUUAUCGUUUAUCCGAUUUUCGGAUUGGUUUUUACCGACUGAGAAGAUGUUUUCUGAGAAAAAUAAAAAAAUUACGGGAGUUGAACUUUUGAUAAUUCUGAACAAUUUUUUUAAUAGACUGUCCCGUUUGCUUUAAAUUACACAUAUUUACGUUUGUUACACUGAAAAUCAAAAAUAUAUAAUAGAAUUUAAAUGUUUACGGCAUUUUUUUUGACCAUGAUCGUCGUACGCGAACAACCGUUCACUUAUCACGUAUUUAUUUUGAAAUUUUUUUUUUCUUUACAUUUUGUGCAUGCUCUUCAUCUCCGGUAGGGUUUCACUCGUUUUGGAUUUUCAUUCUACGGUAAACAUUCAUACAUUAGAGAUUAUUUUCCAUUUCCGUUACUAAAAGGUACACAGAUAUUACAAUAUUGUUCGGCACGGUAUACUUGUUCACUUCUACGUCAAUCAAUAUUGCUGUUUUUGAAUACGACGUUUUAAUCAAUCGGUUUCUCCGCCCGAGUUACGUGUUGGUGCACAAUUAAUCAUUUUACUCCGAUUAAGUAUAAAAAAAAAAAAAAAAAAAAUAAUCCCGAUUGGUUUUACUAUUACGCCUUGUACGUUAUUAGAAAAUAGCCUAACCGCAUGAUUUUGUGUUCUUUAUUGUUCUCAUUUCGAAUCGAAUAAUAACGCCCACUAGAGGGUAACAGCUGAUACCCCAGAGUUUUUAAGCGUGGCGACGGCGUUGAAGAUCAAAAAACACUUAUAUAUUAUGUUAGAAAUAAGUAACCAAGUUUAUGUGAAAUAAUAAUAUUAUAACACACCGAUCUAUUGCUAAUUUUAUAGGGGGAGGGGGGAAAGGCGUGAAUAUAAUAUGCUAGUCAACGGCUGUUCAACUUGUUACGAUGAUUCAAUUUCGAGUGUGCGUCUAGGAAAAUAGAGAAUCUGGCCGAUAUCCAAGUUAAGACCCAAGUGGUUUUGACGGGCAGUACACUAGUAUCGGGUCCUAAUGAAUUUUCGGUAGUAUCCUAGUCGGAUCCCGACGAUUAAAACCAAUACGAAAUAUUUUCCUCUUUCAUUUGUAUACAGAUUCGGGACUUGGGAUCUAUUUGACCAGCGAUUCGUUUUGUAAUUUUCCCCUCUGAAACGUUUCGUUUUUGUAACACGCGGUGUUCCUUCGUUUUUUUUCUCCGGACUUUUCACUUUAACGCGAGUGUCUGUUCGGGUAAAAACGCCCGUGAACUGGUCGAUAUUGUGAUGGAUACCGUGUGUUGUCCGUCUAAACUUUCAAACCGAGUAUCGUAAUUGUUAUUAAUGUUACGGUACCGGUCGGCUAGUGCCACUCGCGGGAACCCGGGACCCGUCCAGUAUCACACGACCCGCACAGACCCGUGUAGAUUUUCGAUCGCGGGCCCCGACUGAGAAAUUCGACACCCCGAAAGUUUAAGUGCCCGUGUGUAACAAUAAUAAUAAUUGAAAUUCGCCGGCUCGUAAUACGUUCGGGGCGAAUGGGAUGAAACGUUCGACGCGUCACGUGUUUGUUGUACCGUAUUUUUUAUGUGCCCAACAGAUCGUCCGAAGCAAGCGCAGCGACCGGUCACCGCGAUGUGGUUGUGGUUCGUGACCGCGUGUUCGGCACUGGUAUUGUCGCCGGAUACCGUGUCCUCCGACGCGGGCCUGUCCAGCACAUCGUUCAGCAACGAGCUGCGCGCCGGUUUCACCAGACUGUUCCAGAACGGCAUCGAACAGCCCAACUACCAGUCGCCGUUCGUCCUGCUCAACCCUACCGAGUUCCAGACCCCAGACCCGCAGCUCCAGCGGCCCGCCCCGUUCAGCGCGCAAUUCGCGUCCCCGGGUUAUCAGCCGCCCCGUUCCAGGUACGAGUUGCAGCGUCUGUCGUGGGUGAUCCCUUAUUAUUAUGUCCCUACCAGGUACCAUCCGUCGAGGGGCAACAAGAGGCCGAACGACGUGCUGGUGUUGGUCGUCAAGACCACUACGAACAGUAAUAACUGCACGACCAACGGGACGGAACCCGCGGCCGGCGAUGGCGGCGACGAAGUAAGUACCAAUAACGUUGUCGUCGUCCGUUUACGAACCGCACCUAACCGCGCGAAACAUUAACGGCGUUAGGGCUGGACCGACCCGGAGAGAGCGGGGACGUACCGUUCGGGUUGAGACGCGAACCUCCGGACGGAUCCGGACACCUAGCGGCCGGUACGCGUUCGCGUAGGGCCCCGCACAAACGUCCGCGCGUUAAUCGGCCCGAACGUCAACGGGCCGUAAUGCGUAAUGCGAACUAAAAUUUGCCGAAAAUAAAAACGCCCGGGCAGUAAUAUUCCGGUAAAUAAUAUUAAUAGAAACCGAAAAACCGCAGAAAGUUAAACGGCCAAAAUAUAUAAACAGAAGCGGAACGUGAAAAUUCCGGAAAUUCACUGUCGAACGACCAGAAUGUAGUUUUCCAGAGAAACAUAAUCGUAAAUAAAUCGAACGAGGGAAAAAAAAGGCGCGUUUCGUGCAGCGCGGGCGUGUGUCGCGCGCAGCGAAAAUAUCCGUCCGCGCGAAACAACGACGGCGUUAUCGCUCUCCGUCCGAGCGUCUCCUAGGGUUUGUCCGUUUCGGUCGUUUCUGCCUUCUAGAAGAUUACGGUUCUGAUAGGAUUCCCCGCUCUCCGGUAACCGACGGCCCGGCCGUUUACGUCGCGGGACUUUACAACACGCGACGCGCGUUCGCCGUCCGAGCGGUCCGUCCAACGUCUCCGUCUCCCGGAUAGCGGACACGGCGCGCGAGAGAGCGUGCGCUCCGAACGGGAGCGAAACCGUGCGUCACCUAGGUUAUCGCAUUUGUCUACGGACCGCUGUCGCGCGCACUCGGGAAAUCCGGCCGGACGGGAUUUCGUGUCGCCGUGCCGUUAAACCCGCGUGAUUAUCACAAUAGCGGAUAUCGUUUGCGACCCGCACUCGGACAUCGCGGUGUCGCCGUGCUAUCGUUUUCGCGCCCCCACAACCCCCCCUCCCCGAACCGCGAGACCGUUCGUUUGCCGUUUUCCGCGGAACCGCCGCUACGGCGUACCGGCCGAGCGAGACGCGGACAUAUUGUUUUACCGGUGACGGCCGCGCUCGCCCGGCGACACGCCGAAAUGUCCCGGACGGGUUUCCGUAUCGUCCCCGGUCACCGCGACGUCACGCGGUGGCGGCCCGCGUCGCGACAACGUUCGUGUUGUAUCGCGAAUCCGAAAUAUUCCCGCGGAAAACCACGCGGCGUGGCCGGGGAAAACGCCGAGACGUCAACGACGACGCUUGCUGCCGCCGCGGCAGUAUCGGCGACGUGUGACUAACAGCGACCGGCGGACGCGGCCCGUUCCCCUUAGGGCGCCCGAAAUGUGACGACGGCUUUGUUUUUUUUUUUAAUAAUACACUACUAAAUUCAGACUACACGUUUCACAACUGCACUGUCGAUGGUCGGUUUCAACAAUUCGAAAUCGUCAUUAUACCGUAGCCGGUACGCGUGCGCGACGUAAACGACGUUCGCCGGCGAUACUAUGUAGACGACGGAUUAUCUGUACACCGCGUGCGCGGUGUUACGUUUAACGGCGUUAACCGCGGUGCGACGCGGCGUUUUUAUCAAGCGAACGAGUAAAUCUUCGGGAUAUCGUUCGUCGCGCAUGUGAACGGACGUGUCGCGGCAAACGGUCAGGACGUGUAUCGAUGCCGUUUACAGAAAAAAAAAAAAAACGUAUAAAACAAUUUCAGAAAGUGGGGGUAAACCGCCCACACACACACACACACACACACACACACACACAUAUACAUAUGUCUGGAUUUCGAAGUCACGCCGCCGAUCGCUCUAUGGCGGUCCAACGGAGUGUGUGGAAAAACGUGGUCCGUUAUAACGGAUCGUAACAUGCAUUAUGCAUUAUGCGAUCGGCCGUCAUCUCCUGCAGUAUUGGUAUAGGCUCUCUAGACCGAUCUACGCCCCCCCCCGUUGUAUUACAGGAGAUUGUAAAAAACCGACAUAUUGUCAUUUUAUGCGUUCGAGUUAAAAAAAAAAAAAAAAACAAAAACCGUCCACGUAGGAAUAUCGCAGUACGCCGUUACUCCGGGCAAUCGAUUUCCGAUUUAGCCCGGUAGUUUCGAGGGGGCCUGUAGGGUAGUUUGUAGGGCGGUCUUACACAGGUGAAAUGAUCCGUGUUUAUUUUAUUGUCGUUAUAAUUUAACGAUAAAGUGCAGUCUUGGGCAGUAAAGUACAGCGCGUAAGUUACCUGCGCGUUGUGCCGUAUAAUUCCGGUACCUACUUUAAUGUGGCGGAAUCGCGUUGUUUUUUUAUUUUUUUUUGUUCUUUUCCUCCCGCGUGUACCCAUUGAUGUUUUGACAUUAGUAACGCGCGACUAAAUGAUUACUGAAUUAUUCGGCUGGUUUUAACGGUACCGACACGACGACUGUAACGGUUGCUGUUAAAACGUUUUUCGACCGAUGCGCGCGUGUAAAUUAAUUGAAAAAAAAAAAACAAACAAAAUAAUAAUAAAAAGUACACGCAUUUUCCGUACGGCGAGAUCGGGGAAAAAGGAUAGAAACAAUCGAGAAGUAAAACGAAUCGCGUUCCAGUUUCAGAAGUAAAGUAAUUACACGCGCAUUUGAGGUACUUAACUAACAACGAACGCGCAAUGUCGUUAAACUCACGUUUUAAAUAGGCGACGAGUUACGCGUGGUAAUUGUAUUGCUUCCGAAAGGCGACACUCGCCCGAGGCCGGCAAACUAGGUGAUAAUUCGGUUCGCGCGAGACGCAUAAGUUAGGUACACUAUGGCUAACCGUAUUGUUAAUGUCGUGUUCGUUUUUAUUUAAUCCCACGCGACGCGCAGGAAUCGAAUCCGGACGACGAGGUGGAAGUCAUAGCCGGCGGCGCGGAAAAGGGCAAGGAACCGUCGCGGUGCGUGUGGGCCAUCCUGUCGUGCUGCGCCCCGGCCAACACCCCCAUCCGGUACACGUGUUUCGACGUGUUGGGCUGCAGCGCCGCGUUCUGGGACACCAACCCGUGCGUGCCGGCCAUCCUGCUGACCGCCCUCGACCAGGCCACCGCGUACUACGGCGCGGCCACGGCCAGCAACCGGACCGUGACGACGGACAAGCCGGCCGCGGACCCGGCCGCCACGGACCCGCCCGCCACCGACGCCGCGGCCGUGGACCUGACGGCCGCCCUGACGGCCGGCACGACCACCACUACGGCCGACACGUCCAUUAUCGACCAGACGGCGACGCCCAAGCCGGCCGCUUAGGCGCGGCGCCCGCACGGAAUCCGCUUCCGCCCCUCAUUCGCGACCAACUCCCCUCCUCCUACCUCCCCCUCUCCGAAAAUACCGUACGUGUACAACGGUACGCGUCCAAAUUGUAUAAUACAACAACAUUGUUAAACUGUCGGGAAAAAUUGUCUGCGACAUCCACCGACGGUGUACGGUCGCUUAUAGUUUACUAUGGAUAAUAUAAUAUUUCAAC